AGCAUCAGCCGGGUUCUGCCUCCGCCCCUGUUUUGUCCCCGCAGGGAGGCGGAGCCGCUGUCCCCGCGCAUGCCCGGAGGCCGCUGCGCUGCGGGAACGGCGGUGGGUCCGGGGCUGCCCGGGGGAAGCCCGAAGCGAGGGCGGGGAUCCCCGGCUGUGCGGCGCAGGAGGACACGUCCAUAGGAUGGAGUCAGAGCACCUCAGGUUGCGUCAGGCCAACCAGGACCUUCUACAAAGGCUCAGAGUGAAGCAGGAAGAGAUAAGAAAAAGUCUUCCCAGCAAGCCGCUUCUUCCAGCAUCUCUUUGUAAUAGAGCAACUGCUGAAGCAUCUGUCCCCUUGCCCAAGAGAGGGAAGGAAAAUCAAGUUGAUGGUGUGUUCACACAGCACGAUCCUGCAACGUUGGUGUCUGUGGAACCCAGAGCUUGCACAGCCAGAGCAGCCCUUUGUUCAUCACUCAAACACAGCAGCAAUGACAGAGGGGUGCAGCAACAAACGAGGAUGCAGGAAUCAGUUUUGCAAUCCUGCUUUCCUGCUAAAGAGAAAAAUCUUAUACCUGUGUCUGCAGUCAUUACAUGUGAGAGAGAAACUUGUGGACUGGUUGGGGAUAGCCAUGCUCAAGGAAGUGCAGAGGAAGACUCCUUCCUUCUAGGACGUGAAAAGAACAGAAGACAGACUACUCUUCCACGUGGUUCCAGUGAGAAGAAUGAGCUUAGGGGUCAUUUGGACCCAUCAGCAAACAGAGUACAAAGUGAAGAGACCUCCAAGGAAGCCACAACACCUAAAUCAAUCCUGCUGACAUCUCAGUCCAAAGGGUUGAAGAAGGAAGCUGGUCAUGUGAGUUUUCAAGCUGAGCCUGAAGAACACACUGUGCCUGUGAGUAGCUGGUCCGUGCGUCCGUUCCUGGGCUAUGACUGGAUUGCAGGGCUUCUAGAUACAAACUCUUCAGUGGAAGAAAAAUCUGAUCAAUAUUUUGCUGAGCUCCACGAGUUUCGACAGGCCAACAAAGAAGCAUGUAUCUCUGAGCAGCACAUGGAGACUGAGCCUCUGGAAUGCAUAAUUCCUGAACAAGACUUGAUAGCCAGCUCCCAUAAAUGUGUUUACUGUUACCGAUUAAACCAGCGCCUCUUUCCUGUCCCUAUGGAUUCAGAUUCUGCCUGUCCUGUAUGUAAGGUCCCACGUACCCACCAGCCCCCAGAGACACUGGAAGAGCCAGCCUAUGUCAGGGUCAGCAUUCCCAGGUCUACUCUUAUGCCUGCCUACAAAUACAAAGCUCACUGCAGGAAAAGCUUUGAACCAGCAGACAGCCUUGCGUUACCUUCGCAUUGCCUGGUUGGCUGGGAAAAUACCAUUCCUUCCAGUGACCCCACAGUCAGCAGUUUGGAUCUGCAAGCUUCACUGAAAGAGAAACCUCACCAUCCCUCUCACCUGGUAAGGAUAGCUUGUAAACAGUCGUGGAGAUGUGAAUUACAUGUAUAGGAAGUGUUGUUCUGACUCUCUGAAGAGUAUGAUAAUCAUCAAUGGCUAAGCAAAAGAAAAAGCCUGGAAGAUUUUUCUCAUAUCUCCAAAGAAAGGUUGUUCCCUGCGCUCUGUAAACUAGAAUUAAAAAAAAAAAAAAAAAGCAAGUGGAACUGGAUAAUAGCAGUGUGUAGACAAAAGCCUGUUCAGCUCCCCAGGUCUUCAGCAAAAUAGGAGCAGUCCCUUAUUUGGCAUUAUUUGAUUAAUGAUGUCUUCGU